AUGUCUAUUAACCUUUGCUCUCUCAACGACGAUGUACUGGCCUACAUCGUCUCGUUCCUUGCCACGCAGGAUGCUGUCCGGCUAUCGUUAUCAUCGAGGCGCAUAUAUCCUACUGCGAGAAGACACUCUCUGUCGACUAUAUCCAUCCACAAUCCCGUAGCACUCUCUAGGGUUGCAGCUUAUAUGCUGGAGGAUGCCUCAAAUCGACUUUGUUUUGUGCGCGAGUUUCGAGCAACUGAGAAUGCAUUCCCCAUUGAAUCGAUCAAGCCAGAAGACGGCUUCGACUCAUACUUUUGGACGCAUGGAUAUCAAAGAGAUCACUCAGGCGCUCACGCUAUUGCGGAUCUACUUGAGAGUGCGCCAAAUAUACGAUACAUUCACCUGGAGGAUGUCGAGUGGAUGAUCAAGACAGAACCUCGCUUGGGAAGAGCACUCGCCGCUCUUCCCGCUCUUUCGCAUGUCUAUCUCUAUGGCGUUGGGAGCACCUCUCUCCGCUUCUUGGCUCAAAUGAACAGUACUCCUUGUAUUUUGGUUUUGCAGCACCGAUUCGAAUGGUCAUUUAAAAGGAAGGAUCUAUUUCCAUUCGCUCACAGCCACUCCUUGCGCAGGCUACAAGAGAUCGAACUCGCGUCCUUCAAACAUGGCAGUACUGCGAUCCCCAAUCAUGGCUUCCAGCUCCCCAUUGUAUAUCGCUUGAAACUCACAGACUGCCACGUGCCUUCUUCGGCGAUUGUUCGUAUGUUCCCUAAUGUCCGCGAACUAUCUCUGUGCAACGUGGUUGUAACUUCGGAAGACGGGUCAGAGGUAUGCUGGCCCAAGCUGGAUCGCGCAGAUGGUCGAUUAUUGGACUUCUCCAUAUGGAAUGUGACUAGUCGAGUCCGAUUUCUCCGAUUAUCUCUUUUGAGUAUCGACGACCCCAUCGAGGAAAAUUCGAACGGAGAGAUAUACACAGAAACAAUAGCCAGGAUAGUUGGCGUCGUACAUAAUACCUGUCCCGUCAUUCUCGAUAUCACUGUGCACGGAAUUAAGUAUCAUCAUUGGAUCAAGUGGGCGGAUGUAAUAUACGCAGCACCGAGUUUGAGAUGUCUGAUCCUAGAGAUGGAUAUAAAGGAUUGUUCGUCUUCGUUGACAUGGAUCGGUACCUUUGUUGAGGCAAUUUCGCAUUCGGAUAUAAUCUCUGUACAACUUCGAGUCGCAAUCUGUGGCUCGGAAACUUCUUAUACCAUUAAUCAGACCGUCGAACAAUGGACGCCCUCUUACGCCUCGCACAGAUUGAAGACCCAAUACAUUUCGAUCGUCAGCACCCACCCGAUGAAAGACGAAAACGAUUCUGGAACUACACUUGUCGCACCUGCUCAGAUAUGGUGGCGCAUAUCAGGAUCUGGAGAGGAUCGAGUUGUGAGAAAAAUCUCAAGCGAGAUCGGAGAGCGUUUACAUGCAUACGUGAUGUCUCCGGCCUUUGAUCCAUCAGCCCCAUUCAAUGGUAUAUUUUUCAUGUCAAUCAAUGCAGGGAUUCUAAUAACCUCAGGUGUUUGA